UUUUAGGUCAAGAACUAUUCCUGAAAACCAUCAGAAACCCCCUUUGAAGCCGAUUAUUAUGCCACAAGUUGUCAUGAAUGUGUCAAAAGUGCUUGAAAACCUCGGAUUUUUGAGUGGUCUUUAAGCAAUUCUGUCAGAAAACAGCAGCAUCAGUUUGAAUCAGAGAAAUAUCAUAUUUCAGUCUUAGAUUCAUUAUGAAUUUCUCAUGACAGCUACAAUCAGCAUUAUCGAUACAAGAAGACAGAUGGUACAAAGUAGGGCAACAACCCAGUACAUAACGUUUCCAAGAACCGUGAACCAGCCUCACUGUAUGAUCAAACCUAUCCCUCUCCUCUCACUUUCUCGGCACAACUCUCUCAUUUCUCCGGUUCAGCAGCCCUUUAAACAGAUACCUGCAGCUGAUUCUGCUUACAGAAGACACAGAGAGAUACCGAGUCCGAGUAAGGAAAUGAUUUCAAAUAUAGAUGCGAGUGUAAAGAGGGUUAAAAGUGCUGUUAUAAACAGAAUGACAGAAACUAACCACAAGCGGAAGGACACUGGGCAGUAUUUUGGUUGGCUCCUGAAAGCAAGGUUGCAACCAUUGGUUGUACAUCAGAAAACAGGGAACCCAACUAUUGAGGAAUGUAAGGGUAUAGUAGGGUGUUGCAGGGGACCCAGACAGAACCGUUACAUUCCUUCCACAACGUACGGAGAUAAUUCUAGCUCUCACUCUGGGAAACAUGCUAAGCCCGGACACAGCGGCAAGUCUAACCCUGGAAAAAACUCAGUUGAAAGUUCUGUCGAAGGUAAAACGAAAUCUCCGACUCGCCAGGAAUCGUCUCCCAGAACUCCGACUAGCGCUGCUGAGACGCUUUACAAAAAACCCUACAGAAAAGAGACAGUUAUGAACCCUAACAAUUUGGCUCCAAUUCGACUUAUAACAGUGGGGAAGAGCUCCAACGUGAACAUGUUAGAGACGAAGUACAAGUGUUUGUCUGCCCAGUUUUGUGGAGCUUAUAACGUGCCGGGUACCACUGUCACACAGAGAUCUCAACGUAAUGUCUUGGUUCCCAGGUAUGGAACGUUUAACGCAGAGGAAUGUUAUGUGUACGAGCACGAUACCGCUUAUCAAACCUCCAAAAACCCUAUGGUGCUACCGCCCAAAUCAUCAGACAGCAGCUCGUUUAACGUAGAGCUGGACUUUAUGUUGGACAAGUUUGACAGUGACAACGAGGACACAAGCUGCAAGUACCAGAGCGAUAUUCAGCGCAUUGCCAGCAAAUACUCGAACGGAUCAGGGAUCCCAGGAAUGCUUGAUUGGGAGGAUAUGGUGACCAACAUAGCUGACGGUGCACUGGACAUGAGUGGGUCUAGAAGGAGACGGAAGGAGAAAAAAUCCACAAAACUGAGGUCGCCGAUAAUGUUCACGGAAAAGAAGCGGGAAACUAAAAGUAGAGGCUGCAAAGUGAAACCUCUGGAUCUAGAUACUCCUAAUGGAACGGGCGAUAAUAAAACUGAUGAUGAUGUCACGUGGUACGAUGUCAAUAGUCUUCGGUUCAGGAACGGAUGAGAACGUUACUAUUAAUUGAUAUAAUUGAGAAAUGGGUAUAUUAAUGAAGUAACACUAACUGAUUUGCAUAACCACAUCAUUAAUUUCGGUUUAAUCAAUACUUCUGGAUAUCCGUUGCCGAAUUACUGAACAUUGAAAUCCUUGCUCUACCAUAUGUGGUCAUGAAUCACAUUGAGAACUAUUAAGUUUAACGAUCAACUGCCAUGCAGGUAUCGAUUUCAGAUUCUUGGGAAAAGUACUUAAUUUGUAAUUCAUAAUUGUUAAGAUUGAUUUGCAAUUUGGCGAUUGAUUUCAUCUAACUAAUUGUUACUGUGUACUGGGCGGCGCUCAGCCUGUCAUUCCGCCGAAUCUCUAUUUAUGAACAUUAUACUUUAACUUAUAGUUAUUAGUUAUAGCCUGGGGUCGCCAAGUAAACUUAUUCAUAAUUGUAAAUGUAUUUUGUUAAACGAUCCUGUAAAAUUGAAGUUAGUUGACAACAGUAAAAAAUAUGUAAAAUAUUAGCGCACAAUUUGUGUUUAUCUUCAUUUUAAUAGAAUUAGAGC